CUCAAAGACUGGCCUCUCUCUGACCUGAAGGUGAGUGGAGAGCCCACCCUCCAAACCUCCUGAGAAGAUAGAGCGGCCAAUCGGAGGUCAGGACUGAGAGAAGAAGUGAUUCAUCAGCAGAAUGAAUGUCACUGUCCAGGAACCAGUCAGCCAUGAUGGGCCAGCAUCAUCCUGCAUGCCACCUCUUAAUACCUUCACCCUCAUUGUUAGCAUCCUGACCUGCAUCUUGGGACUACUCGGCAAUGGCCUGGUCAUCUAUGUGAGCAUGCGGGAGCUGAGGGCCACGGUGAACACGGUUUGGUUCCUAAGUUUGGCUGUGGCCGACUUCACAUUCACCCUCCUACUGCCGUUCUACAUCACCUCUCUCACCAUGAAUCACCACUGGCCCUUCGGUCGCUUCUUCUGUAAGACGUACACCUUCCUCUCGGUCCUCAGCAUGUAUGCCAGCGCUUUCACUGUCACCUUGGUCAGCCUGGACCGCUGCCACUCCAUCCUGUGGCCUGUCUGGUCCCAGAACCACCGGGGACUGCCACUGGCUCGCCGAGCCUCGCUGCUCGCCUGGGUGGCUGCCACUGUUCUGUCUGUCCCCACCUGGAUCUAUCGGGAUGUACAUAUCGACCAGAAGACCGUCUUCUGUUACCUGAACAUGAUUCACACUGCUGAGCAGGCCCUUCUGGACAAGAUCCCUGAAAACGAUACCUACCAUCAUGAAGUAUUUGAAGAGCUGCAGACCAGAUAUCUUAGCUUGAUGGUCUCUCAGGUCAUCCUGGGAUUCUUCAUCCCGUUUCUGAUCAUUGCCACCUCUUACACCCUGGUUGCGCUGAGGGUCAGGAUUCAUGGGAGGCCUGGGCACAGCAAGCCCUACAAGGUCAUGGCUGCCGUGGUCUUGGCCUUUGUCCUCUGCUUACUCCCCCUGCAGGUGCUCAAGCUUUUGGAACUAGCCUACCCUGAACACCCACACCCCAGUUUCCUGAGACUGGGAAUGCCCCUGGCCUCUGCGCUGGCAUACUUCAACAGCUGCCUGAACCCCAUCCUGUACUUCGCGAUGGGCCGAAGGGUCCACAUUGGCCUUGAGGUGAAGGCAGCACUGCGGGCAGCGCUAGGGGAGGUGUCUGGAUCCAGCCGCUACAGUAGGAGGGACAGCAGGUCAAUGUCACUGGUCCGGGAAACCAGUGUCACUGUCUGA